UAGAAGAGAUUUUGCAAUGCAUCAUGAAUCUUGAGGUUGGUAAAAUUGGUGUGUAUGGUAUGGGCGGUGUCGGGAAGACAACAAUCAUGACGCAGGUUUACAAUCAGUUAAGAACAAUGGAUGAUUUUGAAAUCGUCAUCUGGGUGACUGUUUCAAGUUCUUUCAAUGAGAAGGAGCUUCAAAAUAGAAUUGCAGAAGGGUUAGAUUGUCAACUCUCUUCAUCUGCAGAUUUAAUGAGCAGAGCACAGGUAUUACAUGAAGCUUUUAGAAGGAGGAGGAACUUUGUCAUCAUCUUAGAUGAUAUUUGGGAAAGAGUUUCUCUACAAAAUGUGGGUAUUCCUGAGCCUGAUGGAAGUAAUAGGUCCAAAGUUGUGUGGACCACUCGUUCGAUGAAUGUUUGUAAUAGCAUGGAGAGCGAAAAAGAAAUUAAAGUAGGGGGUCUUACUGAUGAAGAAGCUUGGAGUUUGUUUAAGGAAAAAGUUGGUGCUGAGGAUGUUAUUAUGUCUACUGAAAUUCUUCCAAUUGCAAAGCAGGUAGCAAAGGAAUGUGGAGGGCUGCCACUGGCCCUAAUCACUGUUGGUCGUGCUUUGAGGAAAACAUAUCAACCGUCAGUCUGGAGGAAUGCAUUGCAACAACUCAAGACAUCAAGAGCAGAUCAGAUACAUGGUAUGGGUGAAGAAGUGUUUGGGAGUCUUAAAUUCAGUUACAACUGGUUGAGCAGUGACAAAAUUCAUGCAUGUUUCUUGUAUUGUGCUCUAUAUCCAGAGGACUAUAUAAUACUAGUUGAUGAGUUAAUUGAAUACUGGAGGGCUGAGGGAUUGAUCGAUGAAGAGGGGAGUAUACAGACUGAGAAAGACAAAGGGCAUGCUUAUCUCCAGGAACUCAAAGAUGCAUGUAUGAUAGAGAAUAUUGAAGAAAAUAAUAAAUAUGUGAGGAUGCAUGACUUGAUCCGUGAUCUAGCAAUUAACAUCACAAGGGACAACCCGAAACAGCCUCUCUUCAUGGUAAAAGCUGGGUUAGGCUUGAUGGAAUUACCUAAGGAGGAAGAAUGGGUUGAAAGUCUACAAAGAGUCUCGUUGAUGAGAAAUGAUAUCAAAGCAUUUAGAGGCCAACCAAAUUGUCCCCGACUAUCUACUUUGCUGCUACAUCAUAAGCCUAGUUUAAUACCCUCUGGGAUCACCUUUUCUGACACAUUCUUCAAGCAUAUGCACGGCCUUAAAGUCCUUAACCUCUCUAAUACUGGAAUAAAAUCACUUCCAGAUUCGAUUUCUCUCUUAGUGAAUCUUCAAACCCUAAUCUUGACAAGUUGUAGUGAGCUCGAGUGUUUGCCUUCACUAGCUAAGCUCCAGAAACUAAGACUGUUAGCACUAGGAGGGCUAGAAUCCCUGAAAGAAUUACCCCAUGGGCUUGAAAACUUGGUAAAACUUAGACAUCUAGAUAUUUCCAACGGAGGAUGGGGAGGUUUUCGAUCUAAAGCACUUUUAAAAAUGCCUUGCCUUGAAAUUCUUUACAUGCACAAAGGCUUAUUGGGAUUUGGUGGUUAUGUUGUAGAUAAUUCAACAGUUGAUCAGGAAAUCAUAAGCCUAAAGAAGUUGACCAGAUUUUCAGCUGAUUUCAAUGAUGUGUUGACCUUCAAUAGCUACAUUAGCAGGGCUAAUGAAUUUGAUCUCUUGAAAAUUUUUGAUCGUCUUCUAUUUACAGUAAGUUAUAUAUAUGAUGGACAUAAUGUCGAAAAUGAGAGCAUGGACAAAGUUAUGUUGCCUAGUGCUACAAACUAUUUGGAAAUUGCUGGACGUAAUUUCGUCCAAUUGUCAGACUUUUUUGGGUUUGAUGAAUUAAGACGGUUGAUAUACUGUAGAAUCCAAAAAUGUAAAAAAAUGUUGUGGAUUGGAGGGGAUGGAGAAAUUGUGCUUCCUAGUUUAAAAAGGCUUCAUUUGACAGAACUCCACAGUUUUAAGGGCUUGUGCAAAGAAAAAGCCCAUGAGAAAACCUUCAAGAACUUGACACACCUCAUGAUUGAAUAUUGUCACAAGUUAAAGUAUUUGAUACCAAUUGAUUUGCUUGUGAACAACCUUCAAAAUCUUGAAAUGAUAUCAAUAGUGGGGUGCCAUGAGAUGGAGGAUAUAAUUUCAGGUGAAGCUAGUGCAGAUAUGACUGCCCUUCCAAAAUUAAAGAUGUUAAGUUUGCGGUGCUUGCCAAGCUUAUCAAGUAUUUGCCAAGGGAAAUUGGUUUGUGAUUUACUCUCGGAUAUUGACCUAAUACAUUGUCCCAAAUUGAAGAGGCUCCCUUUCUUGAUAAGCAACAAGACAAUUGUUUCUGCAAAGAUCACAGGGAGCCAAGAAUGGUGGGAAGCAUUGGCUUGGGAAGGUCCACAGUUGAAAGAACAUCUUCAACCUUUCUUUGAUGAGAGUGACGAGAUGGAUGAGUAUGCUAGAAGGCUCAGGAAUAUAAUUCCAACCAUGGAACAAAUGUUCAAGAUUGCAAGGCUUAAUUUUCAAGAUGAGAAAGAUGAGAAAGAUUUCUUAUCAAGCAGCAUCUUUUAUUUGGAACGAUGUUUUGGAAUUUAUUCAUAUUAGUAAUUCUAUUGGGUUAGAUUGAGACUUGCCUGUCUUGUUAUAUUUUGAUGUUAUUUAAUGAGUGUUGGAAUUUUUGUGACUUAUUGUUGUAUGUUUAUAUAGAAAAUAUGGUGGUCUUGCAGAUUAAUACAUUUAGAGUUUCUAAAGUGAUUCCAGGUGAGCAAUUUAGCCUUCA